CAGCUCAGGUUCCAGUGACAGCCAUCUCUUGUCAUAACUUUUCAAUCCUAUCUGGAAAAACACUGGCAAAAAAAAAAAAUGAUAAAAUUUUUUCUAAUGGUGAAUAAACAAGGGCAGACCCGACUUUCUAAGUACUAUGAAUAUGUGGAGAUUAAUAAGCGGACCCUUCUGGAAACAGAGGUCAUCAAGAGCUGUCUGUCACGAUCCAGUGAACAGUGCUCUUUCAUUGAAUAUAAAGAUUUUAAGCUGAUCUAUCGGCAGUAUGCAGCUCUCUUCAUUGUGGUUGGAGUGAAUGACACUGAGAAUGAGAUGGCUAUUUACGAAUUCAUCCACAAUUUUCUAGAAGUUUUAGAUGAAUAUUUCAGCCGAGUGAAUGAACUCGAUAUAAUGUUUAAUCUGGAUAAAGUCCACAUCAUUUUGGAUGAGAUGGUGUUAAAUGGCUGCAUUGUAGAAACCAAUCGGGCAAGAAUUCUUGCCCCUCUACUAAUCCUUGAUAAGAUGUCAGAAAGCUGAACGGAAGGGUGUGCCAGACUGCAUUGGAUUUCUAGGAAACGUGACCACCGUGGACCCCACUUCAACAUACAUAGGCCUGAAGAAUCUACAAGACCACACAUGGCAAAAUGGGCUAACCUUUCAAACAGUAUACCUACUGUUUCCCACAGUUCCUAAAUGGAAAACAAAAGUGCAUUUUAAAGUAUGAGUAAAGAAAUAGCCUCAACUAAGAGACAGGUUUUAUAUUCUCAUGCAAGCGUAUUUUGCCCUCACCUAAGUUUUGUUGCAAAUCUAAGGAAUCUUUUUAGUCACUGCUUCUUUUUCUAAAUUAAAUUCAGGAAUAACAUGAUAGUGAUGGGAAGAAUGUAUGGCAGUUAUCAGACAAUAAAAAAAUUUAAGUUUACUAAAAUAUACACGGUAUUUUAAUUAAAAAAAAAAUCUGUCAACGA